GGUCGGCUGCCGGCAAAGAGAUUCGAGAAUCGGAAGUGACGGGUGCGCCACGCCUAACGCAGUCAGCCCAGCCACACCGCCGCAGGGCCCCGAAGUGACGCGACUCCCAGACCAUCGCUGCGCCUUGAAGUCAUACGUAGCAUCUUGCGUUGGCCAAUUCUUAUACACCAUGAUACCCUGAUCUCCUUUUCUGCAAUCGCAUCGAAAGGUCAUCUCACCCGUCCAGGACACACGACGUCGCAUUUCCCUCGAAAUUCCGAAGCCCCUACGCCCUAAGCCGAGUACCUCAACAAUAUUCACCAUGGGUUCCCUCCACGACUCACGCAUACACAAGUGGUUUGCGACCUCGCCGCCCGUCGCUUGGACUGUCAGACAGCUGCGAGAGCUUCUUAUCGGGUCACUGAAGCAAGGCCCUAUCCCGCAACAUGUUGCGUUCGUGAUGGACGGCAACCGCCGGUUUGCGCGCAACCACCACAUUGAGACUGUAGAAGGACACAACCUUGGGUUUGAAUCGUUAGCGAGGAUCCUCGAAGUCUGCUACAAGACUGGCGUCAAGGUCGUCACCAUCUACGCAUUCAGCAUAGAGAACUUCAAGCGCUCUAAGCAUGAAGUCGAUGCCCUCAUGUCCAUGGCCAAGGUGAAGCUGCAACAAAUGGCAGAGCACGGAGCCUUGCUGGAUCGUUACGGCGCAUCCAUCCGGGUGCUGGGAGAGCGUGAGCUCCUCAGUCCCGAUGUACAAAUGGCUGUGGACAAGGCUGUUGCAAUGACAGCACACAACAAGAAGGCUGUCCUCAAUGUCUGCUUCCCUUAUACUUCGCGACACGAAAUCACGACUGCAGUCAUGAAGACUGUCGAGACGUACGGCACGCCGAUACACAACCUGCCCACCCCUUCGAAGCGAACUUUUUCCGAAUCUCAUAUUACCCAGCAUAUUCGCAAGCAAAUGUUGGAGGAGGAUACAGAGGGCCUUGCUGAGCAGGCUGAUUCGCGGCCGGCGUCACCCUCGAAAGAUGCGGCUUUGGCUGAAGACGGGCGUUCCUCGUCAACUUCGACCGCCAUCAACUCGCCUGAGAAGGAUGACUCGAAUAAUGGGCCGACGUUUCUGGACCCAGAGUCCAUUAGCGCUCAGACCUUGAACGAUAACAUGAUGACGGCUGAUGCCCCGCCUCUUGACCUGCUAGUCCGUACUUCUGGCGUCGAGCGGCUGAGCGAUUUCAUGCUAUGGCAAGCCCACGAAAACACGUCCAUCGUGUUCCUCAAGUGUCUGUGGCCCGAGUUUGAUCUGUGGCAGUUUUUGCCUGUGCUGGUAGAGUGGCAGUGGCAGCAGAAGAAGCUGCAAGAGGAACAACAACGGACACGUGGGCGGUCCAAGUUAGACUGAGGGCGUCGACUGUAGUAUAUGGCGCAAAGCCCUCGCGCACCAUAGAAGCAGGCAGAUCUGAACUUGAGCGAGCAUCGAAGAUACCCAGAACAGAGCAUUCCAUUCGUCUAGCCGUAGGCUUUCCACAGCAAACCAUAUCUUGUAAUACAUGUCGAUCUUGCGCUAUCGUGGCACGUGUACAUAUGCGCAGCUAAUCGCUCGCCCAUACCCUGACCGUUCGUGGUUUGCGACCGCGCAUGCGACACUUCGGGCGCGCACUAGCCCAUUGCCUAGUGCGCCGAACAGCUUUAAACGUCAUCUCACGCUCGGAAGAACCACCGCUGGCAGGAAGCUUCAGCCGGGAUGUGAGCUGAACAUGACUUAUAUUCCGCGC